CAGCUGAAAAUGUUUACGAAGAAAAAAAUACACACGAUCAUUAACCACGCCUAUCGCGUCCAGGUGUAAAAUGCGGGCGAAGAACACGAGCCAAAUAGAUAAACACCUUUUUUUUCAAAACCCAUGAUACCAUCAUCUUCAGUUUUCGUUAAGGUUUCCACGGGUAAAGGGUGCGGAGUGUGCAAGAAAAACGCGAAAAUGUACCACUCGACCACGUUUGAUAGUGACGGUUUCUUUCUGGAUUCCGCGUCGGAUUCUCAAGACUUUUGGGCAGAACUUGAAUCUACAUCGAGCGAACAGGAUUCUAAAAAACCUUUGAGGGAGAAGAAUAAUAGUGGAAGACGUAGCGGUUAUAAACACAUACCCCACAAUGAGAGACCGAGGCAAAGUGUGGAGAGGAGAAACGCCAGAGAGAGGAGGAGGGUGCAGGCAGUGAAUAAUGCUUUUGUGAAGCUGAGGAGUGUCGUGCCGAUUCAAAAUAGCCGAGGCAAACGAAUAAGCAAAGUAAAGACCCUCCUAUUCGCCAUCGAUUACAUCAGAGCCUUGGACGAAGUAUUGCAGAAAUUCGAUAAUUUAUCACCAGAUUUUCACAUCGUAAGACACUAUUGUAAGUAA